AUGUACGAUGAUGCUUGCGAGACUAUUGAAGUUGCUAUGGAGCUGGAUGCAACCGAGCAGUUCGCGGACUACGCGCCUUUCUUCAACAACACCAUGGUGUUAUUAGCGGCAUUUGUGAUCUUACGGAUCGGCAAGUCGCACCUGCGCGAAAAUGUGGACCAACAUCGUGGAAAACGCGGUUACUUCGCAGCCAUAGCCAUGUCAAAGCGUCACAGUUUAUCAGGGGGCCCGAUGGGACGCCAGAUAGCCUUUGGCUUCGGUGCAGAAGUCGCCUCGGAUUUAGCAUAUGCUUUGACUGUUUUUGGCUUUGGCGACAAGAAUUUGGGGGUCAACCUGGUUCUUAUGACACGAUUCCGGAUGAGUCUGCCAAUCGGAGAGACCCGACAGCAAGGGCCGAUCAUCGAGGAUCGUUCUCGCAAGAUCCCUUGA